CCUCCCCCUCCCCUCCCCCCAUUAUCGCUUCUCUUUACCAGGCGUCUCUGGAUUUCUUUCUGGCCCGCUUGUGGUCUUGGUGCCGUUCCUCUUUUGCGAGGUUGCAUCCCGACUCGUUUCCAAUUCAGAUCCUUCCCUCCCUUACCACGAAACCCUUGCGACCAUCGUGACCUCCUUCCCCGUUUCGAUUUUUCCAUCUCACACAUCCAUCUAUCACAAUGUCCGAAGUUCAGAGCCGGUCGUCUGCGCGCGGCAGAGUAUCCACCCGCGGUGGCCGUGGUGGUUAUAGCUCCAGAGGUGGCCGUGGUGGAAACAGCAGAGCCGCAAACACCGACAACCCAGACCUGGCCCCAUUCGAUGAGGGUGAAAUUGGACAGAUGAAGAAGAAAUACUCCGAUGCUCUGCCCACUCUCAAGGAGCUGUUCCCCGACUGGAAGGAUGAGGAUCUCGUGUUUGCACUCGAGGACUCCAAUGGCGAGAUCGAGGAAGCCAUUGAGCGCAUCACCGAAGGCAACGUGUCGCAGUGGGGUGAGGUCAAGAAGAAGACCACAGACCGAACUCGGCCCAAGCCCAAGGAUGUCCAGAGCACCCCCACCGAUAUUGCUGCAGCUUCUGCUCGUGGAGGCCGUGGUCGCGGUGGCUUCGAGGGUCGUGGUCGCGCUCGUGGAGAUCGUGGUCGUGGCGGUCGCGGUGGACGGGCUGGUGCCCAGGUCACGAACGGCUCCCGCCCUGCAGAGGUCUCAGCCUCUACUGUUGCUCCAGUCGCUGAGCCCUCAACUGCUGCUUGGGGAGAAGUUGAGAGCGAGCCCACCGUGGCAGCUUCAGAGCCGACUGAUCCCAAGACCAGCGUGAUCCCCGAGGGCACAAAGAAGGGAUGGGCCAGCCUCUUCGCCAAACCCCCUCCUCCUCCACCCCAGCCAAAGAAGGCGCCCGAGCCCGCUCCUGCUCCUGCCCCCGAAGAGCCUGAAGAGCCUGUUGUUGAGCAGCAAAAGGCCCCCGAACCCGCUCCCGCUCCUGUCCCCGUCCCCGUCCCCGUCCCCGCCGCCGCACAGAAGACACCCGUCGCCAAGCCCGCCGAAGUGACCAUUCCUGUCAUUCCCCAGACCACCGUCAAGGCUCCCAAGGAUGACUUGACCGAGACCAACCUCGAACAGAUUCCCGAUGUUUCCGCUCCUGCGCCCACUGCAACUGCUGCCAGCACUGUCGGUAGCGCCUUUGACCCCGCCGCUGCGGCGGCUGCUACUCCUUCCCGUGCGCCCCCCAGCGCCCUCCCCGGUAGCGGAUUGAAGCAGAGCAGCCGUGCUCCCGGCUUCCAGCGUCGUGUGAUGGAGCAGCAGCAGGCUGUUGUCAUGCCCGGCAACCAUGCUGUGGACCGUGCCGCCGUCCAGUUUGGUAGCAUGGGCCUGAACGGUGACGCUGUGGACAUUGAUGAGAACCGUGAGGAGGCCGAGACCCGCGCUCAACCUCCUCAGCACUCCCCCGUUGCUCCUCGUGCCUCCCUUCCUCCUGUGACCCAGGGUGCCGGCGAGACUCGCCCCGCCCCCGGUCUUCCUCCCGUUCCCCAAGCCUCCGCCGAGACCUUCAACGACUUCGCUCGCUACUCCUCCGAGACCCAGAAGCCCUUCGACCCCUUCACCCAGCAAGUCGGCCAGCCCCAGCCGCAGAUCCAAGAGCCCUUCGCCAACCAGGCCCCGGCUCAGCCUACUGCCACCACUGGCAGCGAAUACUCUCCCUUCUAUGCUGUUGACCAGCAGCGCUUCCCCUACAACUACUACGGCAGCUACGGCCAGUCCCAGGAUGCCAAUGCCGGUCCCCGCGGUGCUGGUUUCGGCGGUGUCUCUGCUGCUGAGGCCCAGCCCCAGAUCCCCACCACUCAGCCUGCUGGCCGCUACGGUCCUGUUGAUGCCACCAACAGUGGUCACAACACCCCUAACCCGACUCUGCCUGGUGCUACUCAGACCCCCGCUGCUCAGCACAUGCCUGGUCAGCAGAGUGCCCACGGCUACGGCUACGGCUACCCUUACUACUCCAACCCUCAUUACGCUUCGUACAUGAACCAGAUGGGUCAGCACGCCGGUGCUGCCUACGGCCGCUCUGGUCGUCCUUACGAUGAUGCCCGCCGUUAUGAUGAGCAGCAACACUACGGCAUGCCUCACACCUCCCAGUACGGCUACGGCAACCAGUACGGUCCCUACGCCGGUGCUGCUGCUGGUGCCAAGGGCGGUAUGUACGGUCAGCCCCAUGGUUUCUCCUACGACCACUCCUCCUCCCCCGCGAACGCUGCUGCCAGUAGCUUCAACCAAACCGCACCUGGUCGCGACUCUGUGUACGGCCGCACUGGCUCCGCCCAGCCUUCCGACACCCAGCAGACCGCUGCUGGCUCCAAUGCCUUUAGCAGCGGAAUGUCGGACGUCUUCGGACGGUCCCAGGCUGGCUUUGGCCAGAACCCUCCCGUUGCUGGUCAACCCCCAGUGACCGCUGAAGAAUCUAAGGGAUUCGACGCGUCCAAGACUGGUGGUCCCUCCCCGUCCCUCGCCCAGGCUAACCGCCCCGGCUCUGCCACCAACACCCCUGGUCAAGCUCAGACCCAGUCUGGCCUCCCCCCUCUGCAGGGCCAGCAGGGCCAGCAGGGCUUCAGCGGCUACCCUCACCUGAACCCUCAGUAUGGUGGCCUCGGUGGUCUUGGCGGCCACCAGGGUGCUGCCUCGCAGACUCACCAGCAGCAGCAGCAGCAGCAGCAGCAGCAGCAGCAGACCGGUUAUGGUAACUACGGUGCUGGCUUCGGCAACUACUACGGCAACAACACUGGCCGCGGCAACGGUGGCUGGGGUGGUAACUACGGCCACUAGAGCUGAGGAGAAUCUCCAUUGUUCUAUGCUGUACCUUUCCCCGCCUAUCACAAACACACAUAUGGCGUUGCAUUUGCAGGUGAAAUGAGAAGAAAAAGGGGAGGUAUGUGGGUUUCUUUUGUCUUGUCUUCAACAUCAUCCAGACAGGAUGAUCACAUUCCUUACAAAAUCGUUUGAGAUGAGCAAGACAAGAGCAAAUCAUGACAAGCAACCCCUGAAAUUUCUCAUCAUCUUUUCCUUCCUCAACAUUUGUGUAAUCUCUUCUCUCUUCUGGGAGCUUUGGGCUGGGCUUGGGAAUUGAGGUCUUCGCGUUUUCUUUUUUGCCAUUUCCUGGUCUUUUCUUCAUUUUUCGCGUCUUGCUUUUCUUACCAUCUGUUCCUCCCUCUCCUCUUUUUUUGCUCCCACUACAUCCUCCGAUGUUGUCUGUAUUAAAUCCACCAAUUCUCCUUCGGGAUGAUGUCUUUUCUUCUCCUUUUACUAUUUUCUCUAUUUCCUCUUGUCCCCGCUUUUUCUGUUCCUGUUUCUUCCAAACCUAGCUCACGGGUGUCAAUUUGGGUCCGGGGGUGUCAUUAUGUGAAAAUGGGGGGUUUAUGUUUCUCUGAUGCGAUGCCCUGUUUAUUUAUCAUUAUCAUUCUCUGUCCUUUCGCCGUGUUGCAAUAUCUUUAUGGUGGUUGCGCUGGAUCGGGUCGAGAGGGAGAUCGUGAUGGACACUGCUUGGGUGGGUUCUACGGGGUCGGCUAACGGCUAAAAGUGUGAUGAGUUAUGUACGCACCUAUACAAAUCAGAUAUUCCAGGACCAUAUCUGGCUAUUCUAGUACCCG